CCCCGCCGGGACAGUCGCCACCGGCAGCGGCGGCGCGGUGCGGUCCGUCCGUCCCAUCGCGUCCCGGUGCCAUCCAUCCAUCCCGCAGCUGGACAUCCAUCCCACCGCACCCACCACAGCCCCGGAGCGCCGCGGGGCUCUCUGCCGGCCCGGUGCGAGGGGCCGCUCACCGGGAGCAUCCCUGCCGGGCCGCCCAUCCCGGCGCAUGGAGCCCGGGGGUUACCGCUGCCGCAGCAGCCGCCACAUCGAGAGCGGCCAGUCGGCCGUGCCCAGCUCGGUGCUGUUCGCCGCCGGCCUGCUGGGGAACGUGCUGGCGCUGCUGCUGCUGGGCCAGCACCGCCGGCGCUCCCGCCCGCCCGGGGGCCGCCCGCCGCGGGUCUCGGCGUUCUACGUGCUGGUCACGGCGCUGGCGGUCACCGACCUGCUGGGCAAGUGCCUGAUCAGCCCCAUGGUGCUGGCAGCCUACGCCUACAACCGCAGCCUCAGCGAGCUGGGGCCGGGCGGGCGCGGCGAGGAGCAGCCGGGGGUGCUGUGCCAGCUCUUCGCCUUCCUCAUGGCUUUCUUCGGGCUGGCCCCCACGCUGCUGCUGCUGGCCAUGGCUCUGGAGUGCUGGCUGUCGCUGGGCCACCCUUACUUCUACCGGCGGCACCUGACCCGCCGCCUGGGCUGCGCGCUGGGGCCGGCGGCCGCGGGGCUGUGCGCGCUGUUCUGCGCGCUGCCGCUGCUGGGCUUCGGCGCUCCCAUGCAGUACUGCCCGGGCACCUGGUGCUUCAUCCGCAUGGCCGGCGGCGGCCCGGGCCAGCUGGCCUUCCCCGUGCUCUACGCCAGCCUGAUGGGCUUGCUGGUGCUGGCCAUCGUGGCGUGCAACGUGAGCAGCAUGCGGCAGCUGUACGGCAUGGCCCGCCGGCAGCCCCGCCGCGGGGCCGCCCCCGCCGCCGCCCCCGGCAUGGAGGAGCUCGACCACCUCGUCCUGCUGGCGCUCAUGACCGUGCUCUUCACCGUCUGCUCGCUGCCGCUCAUCAUCCGAGCCUACAUGGGAGCUUUUGCUGCCGAUUUCAACGAGAACGCCGACCUGAGCGCGCUGCGCUUCCUCUCCGUCAACUCCAUCGUGGACCCCUGGGUCUUCAUCAUCUUCCGCACCUCCGUCUUCCGCUCCUUCGUGCGCCGCUUCUGCCGGCGGCUGGGCUCCCGCAGAGCCUCUCUGAAGGGCUCCAGCCCUGCCGGUGACAGCCAGUUCUGUCCCCCGGGCUGCCGCAGGACAGACCCGCCGCCGCUCGGCAUCCCCUGAGCGCCGCGCUGCCGCACCAGCCGGCGGCUGCUGGCGAGGAUGAGGAGCGAGCCUUCGGCCCCGCAGCCCUGCCCUGGGGCAUCCCGAGGCGAUGGCAGGAGGGGACAGCGUCCGGCUCGCUGCGAGGGACGCUGUGAAGGGGUUUUGUCCCCUCCCCAGGCUGCGUUUCGCCCCGCAGAGGAUCUGGGAUGGCCGGGGAUGUGGGAAUAUCCCGAGCCAGCAGCGUUUUGUGGAGGGUUGGGGCAGAGCCCGGCUCCGGGAAGGCAGAAGGGAUUUGGAGCGUGGUUCAGGGGAUGCACAGGGAGGAGAGGUGGGGGUGUGUCCCCGUGGAAUAAAAGUGGUUCAGCGUUUCACCACCUUGGCCCGUGCGCGAUCCCAUUCCAUGCCAAGGAAUGGGUCUGGGGUGUCCCAGACUGGGUGAGGGGCAGGAGGGACUCAGAAAUUCGAGCAGCAGUUGCUGGUGUGAGGAGGAGCUGGCUGCAGGUGGAGUCCCUCCCUGGCACAGCCUCCACCCCUGCCCAGGCUCUCCCCUGUUCCCCAGGCAGGGCUGGGGUUUGUCCGCCCUUAUCUCGCUCUUCUCUGGAAAGCUCCGAGCACUGAUGUUGCAUUUGUGCUCCUCAGCCCUACCUGCUCUGCUGUAAUUAUUUAAAUUCGGUAUUUAUGACUGUUCCUGAGCCUUAAUGAGAGCAGUAAUUGAGAGAACACAGAGCCUGGCGUGCACAAGCUCUCGCUGCAAGCGUGCAAGAGAGCAAUUGUUUUAAUGGAAGAUCCAUUUCCCCUCAACAGGUAUUAACUGGAUCUAAUUUUUGCCUCAAGUGGCCAUUUAUGCCAAAAAAAAUGACGAUGACCAACUGUUUGGUGCCCUUGGAGGAGACAGAGGGUAUUUCUCUCCUGUGUUUAGCUAAGCCCUGCAAGGUGUAGCCGUGUUCCUGCCUGCUCUCACGUGAUGUUUACUCUUGGUGUCAAACGGAUUCUGCUUUUGAAGGAACAAUAUCUUGGAGCUUUUUGGAGGUGACCUGCUGGGGUUGGCUCUGGCUGUUUCUCCCAGCUGGAGAAAAGGGCAGAGCUGCAUUUGGGGAUGUUUUGGGGGCACCUGCGAGCUGCCAGCUCCGUGCCUCUCCUCGGGGUUUUCCGAGGAGAAAGAAGGAAAUGAGGGCUGGUUCAUGGAUUGGUUUCAUGUUACUGGCAUGGUAUUGACUUGGAGAUGGCUCACGUGGGGCUGCAGAGUCAACAGCUCCCAGCCUGCUCCGUGGCUUUCCUGGGAUCUGUUCCACUGCAGCCAGAUGAGAUAACAGCCCUGGAAAACUUUGUUGUUGUCCCCCCUAAACUGGGAUUAAUCUCCUCCCCCAAACAGAUCCGGGACGGACGGAGCAGGCACGGUCAGGCUGGGGGUGUUUGGUGUAGGAUCAUGGAAUGAUCACUGAGGUGGGAUAAGAUUUCUGAGGGCAUUCUGGGUGUGCAGGGCAUCAUCUGCCCCUGGUGCCUGUGAGGAUUCACCCCUGGAGAGGCCCUGGCCCAGGAGAGAUCCCUGGCCCAGGAAAGGUCCCUGGCCCGUCAUGUGUGUGUUUAGAUCCCAGGGUAACCACAAUCCAUGGAAAUCAGUAAUUAAACCAACACAAACCAAUUCAGCUUCUUUGUUAAGGUGCAAAAAUAGACUCCCCCUGAGCCCCGAGACGAUGCAAACUCCUCACCACUGACCCAUCCGUGGUUUUAUCAUCUCGGGAAAUAAAUCCAUGGAUCGAGGAGUGACGCCCCAUCCCUGCAGCAUCCCUGGCUGGGACCACACCUUUCCCAGCGACCUUGACACGCUCCUGUGGCUCGGGCAGCACUUUUAAUCGCGUUCUGCCCUUGUGCUGUGGGAGCAGCCCUGCAGCCUCCAGCCAGCCCGGCUGCCUCCGGGCGAGCCGAGCGGCCGCAGCCAGCGAGCUCUGGGCCAGGGCAGCCUCCAGGAGGGUCAGUCCUGGCUGAUAACAAACUCCAGGCUGUUCCCCGGGCUGCCGUGUCCCCGUCCUCGCCAGAGAUGGCAGCACGUCCCCAGCCAG